AUGGCGAGCAGCCGCAGGCGCCGCGGGGGGGAAGAUGGCCGUUCAAAGAAGAAGGCCAAAAGGCACAGAACUCCUUCCCCGGGGGGCCCCCCGGGGGGCCCCCCGAGUACCCCUUUGGAGGCCCCCGCGAAGGGUUCCGCGCCCGAGGGUUCUCCGGGGGCCCCUGGGGCCCCCCGCGGGAAGAGCGGGUCUGGGGGCCCCGGCGGCGGGGCCCCCGGGGCCCCGGGGGGCCCCCCCGCGGGGGCCCCCCGGGGGGCCCCCCAGGGGGCCCCCCAGGGGGCCCCUGAAGGCAGGGGGGCCCCCAGGGGCCCCUCCGUGUCCUCCAGAAGCUCGGGGUCUCGCUCAGUGAGCCCUCAGCCUCAAGAAAGGGCCUCCGAGAGCGAUGCCUUUUGGGCCAAACAGGCCUCAGCCUGGGUCAGCAGCAAAACUUCUGAACAGGGCCCCACAGCGCUGAUGGCUCUGAUAGCCACGCAGGCCGCAGUGCAGAUGGCGGCCACGGCGGACAGCAGCAGAGGGGGGGCCCCCCCGGGGCCCCGGGGGCCCCUGCCGCCUCCCGGGGGGCCCCUGGGGGCCCCCCCCCACUUCCCGGGGGCCCCCAAGGGGGGGCCCCCCAACCCCUACCAGGGCCCCCUCCCCAUGCACUCCCCCAUCGGCGUGCCCCCGCCCCCCAUGGGGCCCCCCAUGGGCCCGGGGCCCCUCGGGGGGCCCCCCAUGGGGGCCCCCGGCUUGGGGGGGCCCCCCAUGGGGGCCCCCGGCAUGGGGGCCCCCGGCAUGGGGGCCCCCGGCAUGGGGCCCCCCCCACCCCCGGGGGGCUUCCAGGGGGGCCCCCCUUCCUUCUUGGCCGGCAUCUCUUCGGGGUUUCUCCCAAAUGCUGCUGCUGCUCCUGCUGCUGCAGGUGCAGCAGCAGCAGCAGCAGCAGCAGAUGGGGCCAAUGCGCAUGCAGGAACAGCAUCGGCAGCAGCAGCAGCAGCAGCAGCAGCAGCAGCAGCAGCAGUCAGCGGCGACGCUGGGGGCCCCCGGGGCCCCAAAGCUAUACCCCAGUGGCUCCGAGAUGUUGUUAAAGAAGCAAAUACAAAAAAGGCAAAUAAAGAGGGGAAAGAAGGAGACGUUAAAGAAGAAGGCGGCCAACUGCUAACUCCCUCUUCCCACGGGGCCAAUUCCCCUCGCGAGGCUUCUCCGGGGCCAGCAGUGGGUACUGCUGAGGGGGCCCCCCAGGGGGCCCCCGGGGGGCCCCCCGGGGGGGCCCCCGCUGUGGGGGGCCCCCCAGGGGCCCCCCAGGGGGCCCCCGGGGGCCCCCUGGGGAAGGCCCCGGGGGGGGCCCCCGGGGGGGCCCCCGGGGGCCCCCAGGGGCCCCCUUUGCCCCCCUUGGUGGAGCAAAUAAAAGAAGUUGUGACGGAAAUAUUGACAACAGUAACAGAUGAGAUAUUUCGAGAAGCAGCAAGAGAAGCAAUUAGCAAUUACAGAAGAAAACAAAGAAUGGCGGGAAGAACCACAAUUGGUUUGAAGCUGCAGGGCGCGCAGGACCAGCAGCAGCAGCAGCAGCAGCAGCAGCAGCAGCAGCAGCAGCAGCAGCAGCAGCAGCAGCAGCAGCAGCAGCAGGGGCUGGGGGAAGCCAGGAGGGAAGACCAGGAAAAAAUGAAAGGAGUUCUCAACUGCGAAACUUUGACAGUGGGGGCUUAUCGCUGCCCGCCCACAGCGACGCCUCCGCCUCCGGGUCUUUUCAGCGUAACAAUUUUCGAGGACGGACAAGAGUUUGCUCGCGUGCCUUUCACAGGGACACAUUUGCUGUUUGGCAGCAGCAACAAGCUCGCAAACAUCAUAGACAACCACGUGAGUCAGCAGCAGCAGCAGCAGCAGCAGCAGCAGCAGCAGCAGCAGUGGCAGCAGCAGCAGCAGCAGCAGGAGUAG